AAUAAACUGUUGAUAGAGAUACGAUAUUCACGCUGACAAUGCUUCAACAUAGCUUUUCACGCCCUUUCAUGCUGCAAAAACAAUGAACUGUUCAACUAAUUUGUAACAGUUUGCCGUAAACUAAGGAAAAUGUCUCAAGAUUUAGCAGACGUUGUGAAUGAGUGGACAGGUCUGGAGGAAGAGUAUCAGCACCUUCAGGACACACAUAAGAGAUAUUUGCAAAAACUGGAUGAAAUCUCCAAACUUCAAAACAACUGUUCUUCAUCUAUUGCCCGUCAGCGUAAAAAACUCAAGGAGUUGUCUCGCCAAAUAAAAAAGAAAAAGCUUUCACAAGAAGAUGCAAACACAUUGGCUGAAAUCAAAGACAAACUCAAGACCAGACAAAAUGUUUUCACUGAAAUGGAGGCAUUUCUUCCCAAGAAAAAUGGAUUGUACCUUAGUUUGGUUCUUGGAAACGUCAACGUGACUCUUUUGAGCAAACAGUCAAAGUUUGCCUACAAAGAUGAAUAUGAGAAGUUUAAGCUGUACCUUACUGUCAUCCUGCUGCUGCUCUCCUUUAUAUGCUAUGGUUUUGUGAGCUACAGAUUUCUUGAUGCAAUCCUCAAUUUCCUGCUGGUUUGGUUCUAUUGUACAUUAACCAUCAGGGAAAGUAUCCUCAUUACAAAUGGCUCCAGGAUCAAAGGAUGGUGGGUUUUCCAUCAUUACAUCUCUGCCUUUUUGUCUGGUGUAAUGCUAACAUGGCCCGAUGGGAACCUCUACAAGAUGUUCAGAGGCCAGUUUCUAGCCUACUGCUUGUAUCAAAGUUUUGUUCAGUGUCUGCAGUAUUAUUAUCAGAGUGGAUGUCUGUACAGACUACGAACCCUUGGAGAAAGACACAACAUGGAUCUGACCGUAGAGGGUUUCCAGUCUUGGAUGUGGAAGGGACUGACGUUUCUUUUGCCCUUCCUGUUUUUCGGUCAUUUUUGGCAGCUUUUCAAUGGCCUGUGUCUGUUCAGGAUGGCUCGACUCCCAGACUGCAAAGAAUGGCAGGUCCUGGUCUGUGGGCUCUGCUUCCUUAUUCUCUUCAUGGGGAAUUUCUUCACCACUCUUGCUGUCGUUCGUCAAAAAUCCAAGAAGAGAAAUCAGAAAUCAAAGAGUCUGUGAUGAAAAAUGAUCAUCUAUGUUCUUGUAGCAAUUCAUUUCAAAGGAAGUAGAGUCAAGUUCUUUGUUAUUAAAUACAUAGUAUAAGUCUUGAUUUAUCUAACAUUAACUUUAAGAUUACAAUUUAUGAAUACAUGUAGGGAUACAUUUGUAAAGUAUAACUAAUGACAAUUUAAGGUUUAACUUUGAAACUUUUGUGCUUAAUAUCAGGGCUUGGGGAAAAAUAUCUCCACAGUAAUUAUAUGUGGUGAAUUACUUUUAUUGUAAUCUAUUUUAAUGCUGAAAAAAAUAAAAAAACAAACAAACUGUAAACCGCUUUAAAUUGUUUCUUAGUUCUGUACAAAUACAGCCGCUUUGCCUGUUUGAUAAUAAAUACUUUUUCUGAUGA